GAAAACCAUACCCUAACAAAGUAAUGUGUAUAAAUAGGGUCCCAUACCUCAAAAAUUGUUGCAUCAAAUUACAUGUUCCUUGUCUCAACGCAAUAAUAAGAUAUCAUACGUACGCAUUCCUAGCCUGUAUAUAAAUCUUGACAUAGAUAUUCAAUUUCAUCACACAUUUGAGUUUGUGAAAGUGUGAGUAGAGACUUAGAUAUAAACAUAUAUUGGGAGAGCAAGAUGGCAAGCUCCAAGUUCAUUGGGGCUAUUCUUAUUGCUUUGUUGCUUGUGGAAGUUUCAUUUGCUGCUAGGGUUAGAAACGGAUUAUUAGGUGCAAGAGGAGGUGGUGGUGGCGGCGGUGGUGCUGGUGGAGGAGGAGGUGGUGCUCGUGGCUCUGGAUAUGGAUCAGGAUACGGGUCUGGCGGAGGUGAAGGGUAUGGUGGAGCACUAGGAGGAGGAGGCUAUGGUAGUGGCUCUGGCUAUGGAUCAGGUUAUGGGUCUGGUGGAGGAGAAGGAUAUGGUGGUGGAGAAAUAGGAGGAGGUGGUGGCGGCGGCAGAGGAGGUGGCGGAGGUGGUGGUGGUGGUUCAGGAGGAUAUGGAUCAGGUUAUGGAUCAGGGUCUGGGUAUGGAUCAGGAUAUGGCUCUGGUGGUGGAAAAGGUGAAGGCGGUGGUGGCGGUGGAGGAGGUGGGAGAGGUGGAGGUGGAGGAGGUGGUGGAGGCCUAGGUGGCUCCGGCUAUGGCUCUGGUUAUGGUGAAGGAAGUGGUUAUGGCCAAGGAGGUGGCAUAGGAGGAAACGGUGGUGGCGGUGGCGGUGGAAAAGGAGGAGGAGGUGGUGGCGGCGGUGGCAAUAAUGGAGGUUCCGGCUACGGAAGUGGGUCCGGCUAUGGAUCCGGUAGUGGAGGUGGUAAUGAGGCGUUAAAAGGAGACUUGGAGUCUUGCACAAGCAAAGAAACUCAACCGUUACAAGAUCCUAAACAGCUAUCACUUUUGGCAUCCUCACAAUCACAAUGAGACCACCACAAAAGAGCACAGAAGAUUGUCAAAGUUAUUGGACUUUUUCUUAGAAACCCAUGAUUAUGUCUUGCCUUGUUUCUCGGGCUUUUUGAAAUAAAAUAAACAAAUGGCAAACAUGCUUAUUGAAUUAUUUCCAAUAGGGCUCCUAUAGAAAAGCUAUCAGUCUAUCAGUCUUAAAACACAACAAAGAUGCAACGAUUUUUAUUGGUAGUGCAGGCACUCAUUCAAUCAAGGCAAAUAUUUCAUGAACAUAACGAACAUCAUAAUUUGGGCCAACAUCAAGCCCAUUAAUAAUAAUAGAUGGCACAUCAACGAAGUACAAUAAUCCAUGACCAAAAAAAA